UCUAUCCUUUUACUGUGAGGGCUUGGUGCCCGAAAACAACCAUGGAGUGGAAAAUACUUCCCAUUUACUUGUUGCUGCUGCUUUCUAUUUUCUCCAUUCAGGAAGUUUCUUCUCAAGAUUUAUCAAGCUGUGCAGGGAGAUGUGGGGAAGGGUAUUCUAGAGAUGCCACCUGCAACUGUGAUUUUAACUGCCAAUACUACAUGGAGUGCUGCCCUGAUUUCAAGAAAGUCUGCACCUCGGAGCUUUCCUGUAAAGGUCGCUGCUUCGAGUCCUUUUCAAGAGGAAGGGAGUGUGACUGUGACGCGGACUGUAAGAAGUACGGCAAGUGCUGUUCCGAUUAUGAGAGUUUCUGUGAAGAAGUGCAUAAUCCCACAUCACCACCAUCUUCAAAGACUUCGCCUCCGCCUCCAGGAGCAUCUCAAACCAUCAAAUCAACAGCCAAACGUUCACCCAAAUCAAACAAGAAGAAGACUAAGAAAGUUAUAGAAUCAGAGGAAAUAAUAGAAGAACAUUCUGUUUCUGAAAAUCAAGAGUCUUCCUCCUCCUCUUCCUCUUCCUCUUCAACUAUUCGGAAAGUCAAGUCUUCCAAAAAUUCAGCUGCUAAUAGAGAAUUAAAGAAGAAACCCAAAGUAAAAGACAGCAAGAAGAAAAGAACUCCUAAAAAGAAACCUACUCCAGAACCACCAGUUAUAGAUGAAGCUGGAAGUGGACUGGACAAUGGUGAUUUCAUGCUCAUCCCAACUCCUAAGAUUCCUACCACCCAACGCAACAAAGUUACUACAUCUCCCAAGAUUACAACAGUAAAACCAAUAAAUCCUAAACCCAGUCUUCCACCUAAUUCUGAUACAUCCAAAGAGACAACUUCAACACCCAAUAAGGAGACAACAGUUGAAACUAAAGAGACAGAGAUAACAAAUAAAGAGACUUCAACUAGUGCAAAUGAGAAGACUACUUCAGCUAGAAAGAGUACAGAGAAAACAUCUGAUAAAGAUUUUGUACCCGCAUCUGAAGUUCCUGCUAAAUCUACACCCAAAGCUGAAACUACAACCAAAUCCCCUUCUCUCACCACCACCAAGGGGCCUGCUCCCACUACUACUAAGGGGCCUGCUCCCACUACCACCAAGAAGCCUACUUCCACCACCACCAAGGGGCCUGCACCCACCACCCCCGAGGAGCCCGCACCCACCACCCCNAAGGAGCCCGCUCCCACCACCCCUAAGGAGUCAGCUCCCACUACCUCCAAGAAGCCUGGACCCACUAGCCCUAAGGAGCCCAUACCCACCAUCCCUAAGGAGUCUGCAUCCACCACCCCUGAGGAGCCCGCACCCACCCCCCCUGAGGAGCCUGCUCUCACUACCCCCAAGAAACAGGCUCCCACCACCACCACGGAGCCUAUACUCACCACCCCUAAGGAGCCUGCACCUACCACCACGAAGGAACCUGCUCUGGCCACUUCCAAAAAGCCUCCGCCCAGCCCCACCCCCAAGGAGCCCGCUCCAACUUCUCCUGAGACACCUGCUCCAACCACCUCAGAGGCCUCUACUACAACUACCACCAUGAAGCCUCCCACUACUCCCAAGAAUCUUGCUGAAUCAACUCCUGAGUUUCCUGCAGAACCCACACCAAAGGCUCUUGAAAACAGUCCCAAGGAGCCGGCUGUACCUACGACCAAGGCUCCCGAAGUGACCAAACCUGAAGUAACUACAACAGCUAAAGACAAGGUAACAGGAAAAGACAUACAUACUAUACCUGAAAUUACAACCGCUGCACCUAAAAUUACAACAGAGACAGCAACUACAACAGAAGAAAAGACCACUGAAUCCAAAGUAACAAGUACAAUCAUGCAAGUAAUGUCUACAACUGAAGAUACUACGACAUCAUCCAAAAUUACUCCCAAAGCUACAACUCUUGCACCCAAAGUAAUGACUGCCACAAAAACAACUACAACCCAAGAAACUAUAAAUAAACUGGAAGAAACAACAGCUAUACCAAAAGAUACAGCUACUCAUUCUAAAGUGACAACUCCUAAACCUAAAAAGCCAACCAAAGCACCCAGAAAGCCCACUUCUACCAAAAAGCCCAAAACACCACGUAAGAGAAAACCAAAGACUACACCAAUUCCCCCAAAGAUAACUACACCAACAACGCCCAAAUCAAACCCUACCACUUUAGCGGAAGCCAUGCUCCAAACCACCACCAGCCCUAACCAAACUCCUAACUCAGCAAUGAUUGAAGUAAAUCCAAAGAAUGAAGAUACAGAUGCUGCUGAAGGAGAAAAACCUCUUGUGAUUCUCAGGCCCCAUGUGUUAACUCCUAUAGUUAUUCCAGGCCCUGAUUUCUUAGUGAGAGGACCCAAUCUGGGCAUUGGCAUCAACCCCAUGCUUUCAGAUGAGACUAAUUUAUGCAAUGGUAAACCAGUGGACGGACUGACCACUUUGCGCAACGGGACGUUGGUUGCAUUUCGAGGUCAUUAUUUCUGGAUGCUACGUCCAUUCAGCCCACCAUCUCCACCUCGCAGAAUUACUGAAGUUUGGGGUAUUCCCUCCCCCAUUGAUACUGUUUUCACCAGAUGCAACUGCGAAGGAAAAACUUUCUUCUUCAAGGAUUCUCAAUACUGGCGUUUCACCAAUGAUAUAAAAGAUGCAGGGUAUCCCAAACUAAUUUCAAAAGGAUUUGGAGGACUAAGUGGAAAAAUAGUGGCAGCUCUCUCAAUAGCCACAUACAAGAACAGACCUGAAUCUGUGUAUUUUUUCAAGAGAGGUGGCAGGACUCAGCAGUAUAUUUAUAAACAGGAACCCAUCAGAAAGUGCCCGGGAAGGCGGCCUGCUAUCCAUUAUUCGGUGUAUGGGGAAGCACCGCAGAUUCGGAGACGCCGCUUUGAACGGGCUACAGGACCUUCUCAAACACACACCAUCCGAAUUCACUAUUCACCCGUCAGAGUCUCUUAUCAAGACAAAGUGCCCUCCACAGAUUUCCUCCAUAAUGAAGUUAAAGUGAGUACGCUCUGGAGAGGACUUCCCGAUAUGGUUACUUCCGCUAUAUCACUGCCCAACCUCAGAAAACCCGAUGGCUACGAUUACUAUGCCUUUUCUAAGGAUCAAUACUAUAACAUCGAUGUGCCUAGUAGAACAGCAAGAGCAAUUACUACUCGCUCUGGGCAGACCUUAUCCAAAGUCUGGUACAACUGUCCUUAGACCGAUGGGCAAAGGAAGAGUCGACUAAUUAAAAGGAAGA